AUGAGCUCUCCACACCCGAUAUAUACCGAGGCACAGCUCGAGAAGUAUCUACAACGUAUCAACCACCCUAGUCACAACCAUGGCUCCAGUCUUGAAGAAAUUCGCCAAAAAUUCCAGAUCGAUGCACUUGGAACGUUGGCCGAGUUGCAAAGGCUGCAUCUUGCAGCCAUUCCAUGGGGAAACUCCGGGCUGCACUACUCGAAUCACCACACCAUUUCAUUGGACCCAGAACUAAUUUUCCAGCAGAUGGUGGAGCGGCGGUUGGAUGGGUACUGCAUGGAGACGACAGGCCUUCUUUUUAACGUUUUGCUGUGCUUGGGCUACCGGGUUUACGCCACGGGAGGGAGAGUCAGUCGAGCUGUCUCUACAGGUGUGAUUGAUGGACAAUUCAAGUCCUUUGGACAUAUGGUACUGAUUGUGAUCAUUGGCGAUUCGAAAUAUAUGGUCGACGUGGGAUUCGGUGCCAACUGCGCCACUGCACCUUUGCCUCUCCAAGAUGGGGCAACUGCCACAAGAAUCGCGCCCUCGGAGAUGCGUCUUGUUAGAGAGAGUCUGAGUGCAUCUCUUGACAAAGACCAGAAAGUAUGGAUCUAUCAGUCAAGACAGAACCACGAUAGCACCUGGCUCCCUUGCAUUUGUUUUUCGGAGGUUGAAUUCUUGCCUCAAGACUUCGAUCUGAUAAACUUUGGGAUCAGUCAUCAACGCACUAGCUGGUUCACUCAAGCCUUUGUUUGCACGCGGAUGAUCUUGGAUUCAUCUGGGCAAGAAGUUAUUGGGCAAGAUGUCCUUGUUGGUAAGCAAGUUAAGCGACGGAUACACUCUAACACAGAAAUUUUGCAAGAACUGCAAAAUGAAGAGGACCGAGUCAGAGCACUAGCUCUGCACUUCGAUAUGCAUUUACGUCAGGAUGAGAUCCUGGGUAUCCGGGGCUUGAGCUCGGAGCUCAAAUGA